CCAACAAAUAUAAAUGGCGGAUGACAGUGUCGCCGUUAUGCAUACACAUCCGCACUUUGAAAAGUUACACAUAAUAUAAUACAUACAAAAACCACAAUAUUCAUAAACCGAUACUAAUUAAAUAAUAAUAUCUGGUGUAUUUUCAACAAGAUAGAAGACGAAAAAGGAGUUGAUUGAUUCCGUUGAUGCGCCAGGGCUGCAUGUGUUUGUGCUUAAUCUUUCUGUGAUUCACAUACGAACCUAUACACACAGAUACACACAUACAUACAGGGAAUCGGACUGCAUACGACGCUUGUCAAAUGAGCAUUGCACAAUGAACAAGACAAGGGUAUUGAUAGUCCAUGGAUGCAUCGGACAGGUUUUUUUGUGACAUUGUAGGCUUAUGCAAAUCGUGGAUCACUUGGGGGUCUGAACCAACUAAUGUGUCAAGGGACUUCUGGAUGCCCGAUCAUAUCUGUAGGGUCUGCUACGACUGUGACAAUCAGUUUACGUUGUUUAAUAGAAGGCACCACUGUCGACUUUGCGGCCGGGUUUUUUGUGGGGGCUGUACGGCCAAUUGGGUCCCUUCAUCAUCUAGCGAAUCAAAAACAUCUAUUGAAGAGUGGGAUAAGAUCAGGGUCUGCAAUUACUGUUUCAAGCAAUGGGAGCAAGGUUUAGCAGCUACUGCUAACAAUGAGAUCCAGGUCACCAGCCUGGAUCUUAGCUCCUCACCGUCAGCUACCAGUUUCAUUAGUACUAAAUCUAAUCGCACUGUUGACAGUAGCAAUACCACACUCAUAUCUGUUCAACAAUCUGUUGACUCUUACAUACUGAAUACCUGGCCUUCUGAAAUUAGUAUGCAAAAAUCAGCAGAGAUGGAAAAAACUGCAGAAGCAGAAGGUGUAAUAUCUCCAAGGAGGACCAAUAAGUGUGCUACAGAUGGAAUUGAAUCGUCUCCAAAGCCACUUGAGCAUUGCAUGAACAGGAGUGAUGAUGACGACCAUGAAGAAUUUGGAGUUCAUUCGCGACGUUCCAAAACAGGGGAUUACCCUACUGUUGGUGAAUAUUAUAGCCAAAUUCAGUUUGAUGACGUUGGCCGUAAUUAUAUAUCAAACAAAGUUCAUCCAGAUGGAGAGGAUACUAAAACAAAAACUCUUAGCCGCUCCUCUUUAAGUAAUAGUUUUGAUUAUCGGGAUUCUGAGGGAGCACAAGAAGUGAAAAAAGGCGAACAUGAUAAUGUUGAUGGAUGUGAGGCACCUUCCUCAUUAUAUGCUGCUGAAAGUGUGGAGUAUGAACCAGUUGAUUUUGAAAAUAAUGGAAUUCUUUGGCUUCCCCCUGAACCAGAAGAUGAAGAAGACGAGAAGGAAGCUUUUCUAUAUGACGAUGACGAUGGUGGAGGAGAUGCUACGGGAGAGUGGGGCUAUUUUCGUUCUUCUAGUAGUUUUGGAAGUGGGGAAUUUCGAAACCGACAAAAAUCGAAUGAGGAGCACAAGAAGGUCAUGAAAAAUGUUGUUGAUGGGCACUUUAGGGCUUUAGUAGCUCAGCUUUUGCAGGUUGAGAAUCUUCCUAUGGGCGAGGUAGAUGAAAAAGAGAAUUGGCUGGAAAUCAUUUCAUCACUUUCGUGGGAGGCUGCGUCAAUUUUAAAGCCAGACAUGAGCAUAAGUGCUGGAAUGGACCCAGGAGGAUAUGUAAAGAUAAAGUGUUUGGCUUCUGGUUAUCGCAAUGAGAGUAUGGUUGUAAAGGGAGUAGUUUGCAAGAAAAAUGUUGCCAACCGAAGAAUGACAUCAAAAAUAGAGAAACCUCGAUUGCUUAUUCUCGGCGGGGCUCUAGAGUACCAGCGGGUUCCAAACCUAUUGUCGAGUUUCGAGACCCUGUUGCAGCAGGAAAAAGAUCAUCUGAAAAUGGCUGUUGCUAAGAUUGAUGCACACAAACCUGAUGUUCUUUUGGUUGAGAAAUCAGUUACAAGAUAUGCACAAGAAUACCUCCUAGAGAAAAACAUAUCAGUUGUCCUCAAUGUAAAAAGGCCGCUUCUGGAACGUAUAGCACGUUGCACAGGUGGUCAGAUAGUAUCGUCAAUCGAUCAUCUCUCAUCAUUGAAGUUGGGAUACUGUGAUAAUUUUCACGUUGACAAGUUCUUAGAAGAGCAUGGUACUGCAGAGCACAGUGCGAAAAAGUUGGUGAAAACAUUGAUGUAUUUUGAAGGAUGUCCAAAGCCUUUCGGUUGCACUAUAUUACUUAGAGGUGCCAGUGUGGACGAGUUGAAGAAAGUCAAACAUGUGGUCCAGUAUGGAGUUUUUGCAGCUUAUCACUUGGCUUUAGAAACGUCUUUUCUUGCUGAUGAAGGCGCCUCCUUGCCUGAACUUCCCCUGAAUACUCCAUUGAAUGUUGCGCUUCCAGAUAAAUCAUCAAGUAUAGAUAGGUCUAUCUCAACCAUUCCUGGGUUCUCUGCUGUUUCUAAUGAAAAAACUGAGGGACCACAAUCAUGUGAUGCACCACAGAGGUCAAAUAGUGUUCCGAACUCCAGUCCGGUCCCACAGAGCACUAUGCCAACUGUUUCAAAUGAUCAAAGCUCGCAGUACACAAGUUUGACUUCAAAUUGUGCUACCUCUGCUGCUUCUCUCUCAACCAUCUCCUGUGCUCCUGUGAUUACAAAUUCUAUUGCCUGCGACCCAUGCCUUUCCCAUGCAUCAGCCGAGAAUACAAUCAUGGAUUUAAAAGAUUCUUCUGAGGGAAAGUCAUCUGUAGCUAACAAUGAUUCAUUAAUUGUAGGGGAUUGUCAUCCUGAUAACUCUUUUCCAUUACAAGAAGUAGUAAAACACGGUUUUGAAGUCAAUGACUCUCCGAGUGAAAGCACUGUAGAUGAAAAUCAAAAUUCAUUUCCUUUUCAGCGAGAUGUUAAGAAUGUCCUCGAGGAACAAAAUUCUUUGAAGGAAGAGUUUCCAGCCUCACCUUCAGACCAUCAGAGCAUAUUGGUUUCUUUAUCAUCCCGAUGUGUGUGGAAGGGAACUGUUUGUGAAAGGUCUCAUCUGUUUCGAAUCAAAUACUAUGGUAACUUCGAUAAGCCUUUGGGGCGCUUUCUCCGGGACAAUCUUUUUGACCAGAGUUACAGAUGCGGUUCAUGUGAGAUGCCAUCAGAAGCACAUGUUCAUUGUUAUACGCAUAGGCAAGGCACUCUUACCAUAUCUGUGAAGAAGUUGCCAGAAUAUCCAUUACCGGGUGAAAAGGAAGGAAAGAUCUGGAUGUGGCAUAGAUGCUUGAGGUGUCCACGGACGAAUGGUUUUCCCCCAGCAACUCCAAGAAUAGUGAUGUCUGAUGCUGCUUGGGGUUUGUCAUUUGGCAAAUUUUUGGAGCUAAGUUUUUCCAAUCAUGCAGCAGCUAGUAGAGUAGCUAACUGUGGCCACUCCUUACAUCGUGAUUGCCUUCGCUUCUAUGGAUAUGCGAAUAUGGUUGCUUGCUUUCGUUAUGCGUCAAUCGAUGUUCACUCAGUCUACCUCCCCCCUUCUAAACUUGACUUUAAUUUUGAUAAUCAGUAUUGGAUACAAAGAGAACUGGACGAGGUGAUCGAUCGGGCUGAGCUUUUGUUUUCCGAAGUACUUAAUUCUCUUCGUCAGAUUUUGGAGAGAAAACCUGGCACAGGUUCCCUUAAUAGCAGCAUGAAGAAUCAUGAAUUAAGACGCUGUUUAGUUGAUUUAGAAGGAAUGGUGCACAAAGAAAAGUCUGAAUUUGAGGAAAUAGUUCAGAAAUUUUCGGACAAGAAUUCUCAAAAAAGGGAAACUGCCAUUGAUAUUUUUGAGAUUAAUCGUUUGCGGAGGCAGCUACUUUUUCAAUCUUACAUGUGGGACCAUCGGCUGGUGUAUGCAGCUAGUUUAGAUGCCAAGAGUUUUCAAAAUGAUAUGUGCGACUCCACUACCGAAGAUAAGGAGGGAUUCAUGUUUGCUAAUGAGAAGCUUGUAGAUAUGAAUAAACCUGUGAUAUCACACAAGGAUUUAGUUGAUUGUGAGUCAAACCUCUUGGACUCAAAACUAGAUCAAAUUCGUAAUCAGGAAGACAGAUGUUUAAGCCCUCAAGAGACAGAAACUGACAAACAAGGAACUGACAAAUGUCUAGAUUUGAGUCGCGAAAAAGAAAGCGAGGCUAAGCUUUCCAGUAUAAAUAUUUGUGAUGACUCCAGUUCAGCUGUUAGUGGGGACGUGUUGUAUGGGCAGGUUUCUAUUAUACCAAGUCUGUCUGAUACUCUUGAUGCAGCAUGGACUGGUAAUAACCACCCUGGACUCGGAACACCAACAAAUCAUUUAGAUAUUUCAGGUACCAGGUCUGUGGCGGAAAAAUCUAACUUUAAAGAACAAGCUGAAGAUCGAAGUGGAUCCAGGAUUUCUAGAAUGCUUCCUUUGGCAUCCAGCAAAAACUCCGACAAUUUGGAAGACUCAGUCAGUUGGUUGGGAUUGCCGUUUGUCAACUUCUACCGUUCAUUGAGUAAGAACAUUCUAGGGAGUGCUCAGAAAUUAGGGACACUAAAUGAGUAUAAUCCAGUGUACGUUUCAUCAUUUCGUGAAUCAGAAAUUCAAAAUGGAGCCAGGUUACUUAUGCCUGUGGGUGCUAAUGACACUGUGAUCCCAGUAUAUGAUGAUGAACCUACCAGUAUCAUAUCUUAUGCUCUGCUUUCGUCUGAUUACGCAGCCCAACUGUCUGAUGGUCCACGACAAAGAGAUGGUGCAGAAUCUACUCAUAUGCAAUCCUUUGAUUCAUCGAGUUUCCUAUCCUUCUACUCCGCUGAUGAAACCCUGGAAUCUUAUAGGAGUCUUGGAUCUGCAGAUGAAGGCAUUUUAUCCUUGUCUGGGUCUCGUAGUUCUCUGGUUUUGGAUCCCUUGUCAUACACAAAGGCUUUUCAUGCUAGAGUUUCUUUCGGAGAUGAUGGGCCUCUUGGUAAGGUAAAAUAUAGAGUGACUUGUUAUUAUGCAAAGCGCUUCGAAGGUUUGAGAAAAUUAUGUUGUCCCUCUGAAAUUGAUUACAUAAGAUCCUUAAGCCGUUGUAAGAAGUGGGGGGCUCAAGGUGGCAAGAGCAAUGUGUUUUUCGCGAAAACAUUGGAUGAUAGGUUCAUAAUCAAGCAGGUCACGAAGACAGAGUUGGAAUCGUUUAUACAGUUUGGCCCCGAAUAUUUCAAGUACCUAUCGGAAUCAAUUGUCACAAGAAGCCCUACAUGCCUGGCAAAGGUAUUGGGCAUAUAUCAGGUAACAUCGAAGCACCUCAGAGGAGGGAAGGAAAUAAAAAUGGAUGUUCUUGUUAUGGAGAAUCUUUUGUUUGGAAGAAGCUUGGCAAGGCUAUAUGAUCUGAAAGGAUCUACAAGAUCUCGGUACAAUCCAGACUGUAGUGGCAGUAAUAAGGUUUUACUAGAUCAGAACUUGAUUGAAGCAAUGCCAACAUCCCCUAUAUUUGUUGGAAACAAGGCUAAACGAUUGUUGGAAAGAGCUGUUUGGAAUGACACAGCUUUCCUUGCGUCUAUAGAUGUAAUGGACUAUUCUUUGCUUGUCGGAGUGGAUGAAGAGAAACAUGAACUUGUACUUGGAAUCAUUGACUUCAUGAGGCAGUACACUUGGGACAAGCAUUUGGAAACAUGGGUGAAGACUACUGGCAUCCUUGGUGGACCGAAAAAUGCUUCUCCAACAGUAAUUUCACCUAAACAAUACAAGAAAAGGUUCAGGAAAGCAAUGACCAUGUAUUUUUUGAUGGUCCCCGAUCAGUGGUCACCGCCAACUAUCAUACCUAGUAGGUCUCAAAGUGAUCUGGGUGAAGAGACUACUCAAGGCGCAACCUAUGCUGAGUGAUCCUGCAGAAUAUGUUGUGCUUGUACAUUCAUAUCUUUAUACAUAUAUAUGUUCAGAGUUCAUUCUGUCUAUUCCCCAGUUCAUAUAUACCCUUUCUAUAUUUUCCCUGCCCCAUAUGUCAUAUUUUUUAGAUGGCAGUUCCUUUUGUUAGAAGAUGCAGGUGUUCUCCUAGGCCCGACAAUUCCUUUGGGAUCCUAAGUAUAUGAUUCUCCCCCCUCCCCACCCCAGAUUUUGUUAUCCUGUUUCUCAUGUAAGUUUAACAAUCCGAUUGUGUAUAUGGAUUAUGAUGGUGCUAUGCAUUAGCAUGUUUGGAAAAGCAGCGUGCUUUGUUUA